AUGUCAUCAGCUUCGCCUUCCAGCUCACCAUCUCCCAGUUCCAGAACGUUGAGGCCUUCACCACCCGGCACGCCUUUCUCAGCCAGCCAAAGCCAAUCAGUCUCUUCUCGAGCCCCAAUCGCAUCCGCAAAUGGCGGCGAUGACGCUAGCUUAGUUAGAGGACCAGGGAGUGCUACUGCUCUCGCAGCAUCCAGAGCACAAGCAGCUAGCCGUACGAAUCAGAAGGGCAAAGGCAGCAAAGGUGCAGGAGCAGGAGGAUGGAACAGAUACUACAAUCCAUUCGAUCCUAGAGACUUGCUCUGGAGAUUCAAUGUGCACGUGCGCGGGACGUAUUCGUACGACAUGCUCAAUUCCUGGGAAUGCUGGUCCAUCUCAAUCUUCAUCAUCAUCAUCUCUAUGCUAGGACUCUAUUCGCUGAUCUACGAGUUCCCAAGUCGAGCACAAGCCUUGAUCGUCCGAGCAAGCUACUACUUGACUGGCAAAGGCAACUUACAAAACGUCUCUGAUCUCAGCGGCGAGCUUAAUGCUGAUGCUACAACGGCUUUCGGAGCACCGCCUCUAAUUGGACAAGGACUGAAAGUCGGAGGGAAAUGGGAGUUGUAG